AUGGAAUCUCAGUGUAUUUCUGAAAUUUCGGAAGUUCGGGAAGAUAUUCCCAAAUACAAGCUUCAGAGGCUUGGAAAGGACGAUCGGUCUCUUUCCGAAGAUUGUAAAAGCCGAUGGUCGCCAAUUAGAACUGAUUCCUCAAGGAACGUUCUUGGGAGAGUCCGGGAGCUAUCAGUGGAAGCCUCGGAGUUCUCUUUGGACUAUCGAUAG